CCAGCCCCUUCCGCUUCUCAGGCCUGACCUUCCUGCCGCCCGGCUGAGCCGCUACUGCCGCGUUUUCGCGAUUCGACCCGACGCACCCCCUCUCGCGACAUCAUGGUGGCGUACUGGCGACAGGCUGGACUCAGCUACAUCCGAUUCUCUCAGAUCUGUGCAAAAGCAGUGAGGGAUGCACUGAAGGCAGAAUUCAAAGCAAAUGCCGAGAAGACUUCUGGCAGCAGCAUAAAAAUUGUGAAAGUAAAAAAGGAAUAAUCAACCCUGACUAAAGCUUGAAAUGCUACAUUUUCAAGGUGAAGAAGUGUGGGCACGUAUUAUGGCAAAUUAAAAUCAUCUCACUUCAUGGAAAAAAAAAACUGUCUUGUUCAUAAAUUGACAAUGCCAAUAAAUUGAUGUAUGGUUCACUCUUA